UGUGCCACGGAGAAGUGCGUACUCGAGCACCGUGAGCUGCAGUUCAAGUUCAUCAUCGUCGAGCUCCUACGACGACGAGAACCCUCGGCUCUCGAACGGUGAAGCCAACGUCACGUUCACCCUAACCGUUAAGCAAGGGAAUCAGAUGGGACAGACAGCGUCUGAUAGCUCAGAGGACAAAAAAGAUUUCAGACUACGCGAUCUCAGCAUUAUAAAAACAAUAGGCACCGGAACCUUCGGAAGAGUUUGCCUAUGCCGAGCCCGCAACGAAUUCUAUGCUUUGAAAAUAAUGCGCAUAGAAGACGUGAUACGCCUCAAACAGGUCGAUCAUGUGCGGAGCGAGAAAACGAUUCUUCAGCAUGUGCACCACCCCUUCAUCAUAAAGCUCCUGUGGACCCAUCACAGUAAUAGCGCUCUCUACAUGCUGCUCGAAUACGUCGCCGGCGGCGAACUAUUUACUUAUCUACGGAAUGCGGGAAAGUUCUCAAAUGCUGCGGCCAUUUUUUACGCCAGCGAAAUCGUUCUAGCCCUGGAGUACCUCCAUUCGAAAAACAUUGUCUACCGAGAUCUCAAACCAGAGAAUCUGCUCCUCGACACAGCCGGCCACCUGAAAGUAACGGACUUCGGGUUUGCCAAGCAGCUUACGGACCGAACAUGGACCUUGUGCGGGACACCAGAGUACCUCGCUCCCGAAAUCAUCCAGAGUAAAGGUCACAACAAAGCCGUAGACUGGUGGGCGCUCGGCAUUCUCAUUUUCGAAAUGCUAUGUGGGCAUCCCCCGUUCUACGACGAUAACCCUUUCGGGAUUUACGAGAAAAUUCUCGCCGGAAAUAUCGACUGGCCAAAACAUCUCGUCGCAGACGCUAGGGACAUUAUCAAAAGACUUCUGGUUGUCGAACGAUCGAAGCGGCUGGGAUCGAUGAAAAACGGCGCCGACGAUGUCAAACGGCAUCGGUGGUUUUCAUUGGUGAAUUGGCACCACGUCUACAUGAAACGAGUUCGACCGCCCUUCGUGCCAUCCGUUUCGUUCGAUGGCGACACGACGAAUUUCGACGAGUACGACGAAAAAGAAGUCGACUUACGCGACGAUGUUGACAGUGACGACGACUCGUUUUUCGGUGACUUCUAGGCGUUGAAUAUAAAUAAAUAUAUGUACAAGAUGGAGAAGACCAUAAGAAAUAUGUUUAUAUACCUCGCAGACGAAACGACAAAGCGGAGGCUA